CUAGAGCUGGGGGGUGGGCCUGGAUCUGACCCAUGUGUCUCAGGGGCCCCCAAGGUGCAGUGCUGGACGCUGCCCAGGGUCGUGGCCGCGGUGGCUGGUGGGUUCCUGCUCUUGGCCGGCAUUGGUGCCAGCAUCUGGGCCAUUGUGACGUGGGUGCUGACAGGUGACAGCGAGGCACUGUACGGAGUCCAGGUGAGCCCAACUGACCUGCGGCUCACCGUGUUCGACGAGGCCGAGGGCAAGUGGCGCCUGGUCUGCUCCUCUCCUGCCAACGCACUGGUGGCUGCACUGAGCUGCGAGGAGAUGGGCUUUGUCCGGUCUCUAUGGCACUCGGAGCUGGAUGUGGAGCGUGCUGGGGCCAACGGGACGUCUGGGUUCUUCUGCGUGGAUGAGGCCCGGCUGGCCUUGGCCAGUGGACUGGCUGAGGUUGUCACUGCCUGCUGGGGGUCUGGGGCCCGUGCUGAGGCUGAGGGUGGGGGGUGUCUCUGCACAGAGUGUGGGCGCCGGAAGCUGCCUGUGGAGCGCAUCGUGGGCGGGCAGGACGCGGGGCGUGGGCGCUGGCCCUGGCAGGUCAGCCUGCGGCACGACGGUGCCCACCUUUGUGGCGGGUCCCUGCUGGCCAGCGACUGGGUCCUCACCGCUGCCCACUGCUUCCCCGAGAGGCACCGGGUGCUGAGCCGGUGGCGGGUGCUGCUGGGUGCUGUGUCGCAGGCCGCGGGCCAGGGGCAGCAGGUCGGGGUCUUAGGUGUCGUCUACCACGGGGGCUACCAGCCCUUCCUGGACCCCAACAGUGAGGAGAAUGCCGAUGACAUUGCCCUGGUGCGCCUGGCCGUGCCCGUCACCUUCACUGAGUACGUGCAGCCCGUGUGCCUGCCGGUGCGUGGCCAGCACCUUGUGGAUGGCAAGAUCUGCACCGUGACGGGCUGGGGCAACACGCAGUACUAUGGGCAGCAAGCCGACGUGCUGCAGGAGGCGGCCAUGCCCAUCAUCAGCUCCACCGUGUGCAACACGCCCGAGUACUACGGCAACCAGAUCCGGCCACGCAUGUUCUGCGCUGGCUUUGCUGAGGGCGGCGUUGAUGCCUGCCAGGGAGACAGCGGGGGCCCCUUUGUGUGUGAGGAUGGGGUGGCGCGUGCCCGCCGCUGGCGCCUGGCCGGCGUGGUGAGCUGGGGCACUGGCUGUGCCCUGCCCCGCAAACCAGGCGUCUACACGCGUGUUGGUGCCUUCCACGCCUGGAUCCACAAGGCCAUGAAGACUCACUCCCAGGUCAGCGGUAUCGUGUCCCAGCACUGACCCCUGCCUGCCCCCCCCUCCGUGGACCUUGCUGACCUGGUGACCUCUGACUUCCGGCCCUGCCCCCCCUCAUGGCUGCAGGCCAGGAACAGGCCCCAGCCACUGAAGGGGAUGCAGCGUCGGCUCUUUAAGCCUCCGCUGGCCAAUGGGGGCAUCCUUUGGCUGGAUCGGCCUAUUGCAAUGUGGCACCAGCCCUUUAAGGACAUGAUGACCAAUGGGUUUCCUCUGUGGCUUGUCAGACUUCUGUGCCAGGGAAGAGGAGCUGGCCAGGGAAUGGUGAAGGCAGUGGCAAUGGCUGCAAAGACCCCCCCCUCCCCCCCCCAUGGACAUCAGCCAAUCAAGGUGGAUCUGCCACCCAUUAACUGCUUCAGUGCUGGGAGGAGGCACCCUGUGGGGGAAGUUAUCCCAGCAUGCACUGCUCUUGCUGGUGCAUGGCAUGCUGGGAGGGACAGGGCUCAGGGAAGGAUCUGGCUUCAGUUCAUAGGGCCAGGAAGUGGGGUGGGGGGAAGGGACAGAGGUGGGCAUGCACCCUGGAGAUCUGCAUGUACCAACACAUGCCAAGGACACGCAACAGACACAUGUGCACACACACACACACGCACCUUAGACGCACAAAGGGCAGGCACUGCCCACACGGAUCAGCCCAGGCACGGCACUUGCCUCCCUGUACCAUGUGUAGAGAACACACGUGUAUGUGUGCGUGCAUGCACUCAUACACAGCCAGCCCCACUGCCACAUGUGAAUGCACGUGAGCAAACACGCAUGCAUGCACGCACACAUGCACAUACACACACACCCCCUUCCCUCUCACCAUCCCACACACACACACGUGCCUUGCUGGCUAUGUCUGGGCCUCCCUGCCUAGAGCCAGCCCCUGGGUCCCUUCCCCUGGCUGGGGCCCUUUAUGUACAUAGCUGUGGGGCCUGUACGGGCCCCACUUUUGCCGCCAAUCACUGUGCUAAUAAAUGUUUGAUUAGA